GGGAGCAGCGCCCGGCUCUGAGCGCCCCACGUCGAGGCCCGCCUGGCCCCGCGCCGGCCGCGCGCUGCCGCAGGAGUUGGCCGCGGGCAGAGGGGCAAGGGAGGGAGCGAGAGGGAGGCCAGCGCCUGAGCGGGCCGAGCGCCAUGCGCCGCGCCAGCCGAGACUACACCAAGUACCUGCGCGGCUCCGAGGAGAUGGGCGGCGGCGGCUCCGGAGCCCCGCACGAGGGGCCCCUGCACGCCCCGCCGCCGUCCGCGCCGUCCGCGCCGUCCGCGCCGCCCCCGGCCGCCGCAGCCUCCCGCUCCACGUUCGUAGCCCUCCUGGGGCUGGGGCUGGGCCAGGUGGUCUGCAGCGUCGCCCUCUUCCUCUACUUCAGAGCGCAGAUGGAUCCUAACAGAAUAUCAGAAGACGACACUCAGUGCAUAAACAGAAUUUUCAAACUCCAUGAAAACUCAGAUUUGCAAGACACAGCUCUGGAGAGUCAAGACACAAGAUUAAUACCUGAUUCAUGUAAGAGAAUUAAACAGGGCUUUCAUGCAGCUGUGCAAAAGGAAUUGCAACAUAUUGUUAGAUCACAGCACAUCAGAGCAGAAAAAGCUAUGCUGGAAGGUUCGUGGUUAGAUGUGGCCAGGAGGGGCAAGCCUGACAGUCAACCUUUUGCUCAUCUCACUAUUAAUGCCACUGACAUCCCAUCAGGUUCCCACAAAGUGCGUCUCUCCUCCUGGUACCACGACCGAGGAUGGGCCAAGAUCUCCAACAUGACUUUCAGCAAUGGAAAACUAAUAGUUAACCAAGAUGGCUUUUAUUUCCUGUAUGCCAACAUUUGCUUUCGACACCAUGAAACUUCAGGGGACCUCGCUACAGAGCAUCUUCAGUUGAUGGUGUAUGUCACUAAAACCAGCAUCAGAAUCCUGAGUUCUCAAACCCUGAUGAAAGGAGGGAGCACCAAAUACUGGUCAGGAAAUUCUGAAUUCCAUUUUUACUCGAUAAAUGUUGGAGGAUUUUUUAAACUGCGAUCUGGUGAGGAAAUCAGCAUCGAGGUAUCCAAUCCUUCACUAUUGGAUCCAGAUCAAGAUGCAACAUACUUUGGGGCUUUUAAAGUUCUAGAUAUAGAUUGAGCCCCAUUUUUGUAGAGUGUUGUUAUGUUUUUCCUAGGAUGUAUGGAAAACUUCUCUUAAACAAGCCAAGAAAGAUGUAUAUACAUGUGAGACUACUAAGCGGUAUGACCCACAAUGGUACAAGAAGACUCUAUCCAUGCUCUUGACUCGGUAAUGAGGACGCAUAUUUACAGCCAAUAGGAGAUGUUGAACUUAAAGUGUGUUACAGUCCAAAGGCUUUCUUACAUACUGGCUUUUAAAUUUUAUAAUGAAUUCCUAGAAUUAAACCAGAUUGGAGCAAUUAUAGUUGCCUUGUUGAAAAACUGUGUUUGGUCUCUGGGAGGGGUUAAUUCUCCGGAUCUAGCCCACCAUUAUGUGCCACUAUGCCGCUGAAGUCAGAGGCUGUUAUCUGAUUGCAAAUGGGUAAUCAUCAGAAGGGCUAAGUAAGUACUUUUGAGUUGUUACAUCAUGCUGGAACCUGAAAAUACUUUUUUCUAAUGAGGAGAGAAAAUAUAUGUAUUUUUAUAUAAUAUCUAAAGUUAUAUUUUAGAUGUAAUGUUUUCUGUGCAAAGUAUUGUAAAUUAUAUUUGUGCUAUAGUAUUUGAUUCAAAAUAUUUAAAAAUGUCUUGUUGUUAACAUAUUUAAUGUUUUAAAUGUACAGACAUA